AUGUUUCAACACAUGAAAGACCUUCUCGUCCCUAAGAGUCGAUCACGGGACAGUGAUGCCAAGCCGUUGACCGAUAUGUAUGCAGAGGACGAAGUAUUAGGUUCUUCUUCGAGUCAUCAACAACAACGAAUCAGCCACUCGGUUCAUGCACGAUUGAAUGAUGAAGGCUCUUCCGAUCCAUGCAGUACAGAUAUAUCCAAUACUGAAAUUAUAACCAGCCAUUCAACAACAACCAUGAUCAACCAUUCAAGCAAUAACAAUAAUCACAACAAUAAUAAUACCAAUAUUCAUUCAUCAGUAGGACAUCAAUUAUCACCUCUCUCAAGGCAACAACAUUCAUCCAAUGCAGCUGCUGCUCUUGCCAGUACGACGGGAAGUAAUAAUGGCUCUCCAAAUUCACCACGACGAAAUGCCUUGUUUAUGUUUAAUCGGAAAAGUACAGCUGGGAUUCUAGGAGGAAAUAGUUUGGUGGCUUCAUCGACUGGAAAUUCAAUUUCAAAAACCAAGUCGUCAUCUUGGACAGUCAUCAGUAGUAGUGGGUUUGAUCGACAGCCAUUCAUUAUUGUGAAUUUAAAGGCUGGUGAAGAUUUGGUGGCAUGUGACAGGAAUGGGAAAUCAGACCCAUUUUGUGAAUUUACAUAUCGGUAUUUACCAAAUAACAAUAAUAACAGCAACAACACUACAAAUUCUCAAAUAGAUUCAUCACAGCUGAGAGGAGAACAUUUAGUGGAAACAAAGAAAUCUUCAACCAUGAAAAAGACACUAAAUCCAUUGUGGGGAGAAAGUUUCUUUUUCAGUGUAAGAAAUGUGGAACAAAUUGGAAAUGAUGAUUAUUUUGUGGGAGCUAUUAAGGAUGAGUUAAUAGUGACGGUUUGGGAUUUUGAUUUGUUUCAAUCGAAUGAUUUUAUGGGUCGUGUGACAGUUCCUCUGAGUCAACUCUUACAAAAUCAAACUCAAAAAUUUUAUUUAAAACUUGAAGGAGUACCCAACGGUUUCAUCUAUUUGGAAAUUACGGCCAUUCAUUGUGGUCUAAAUAUUGGUGAUGACCAUUCAGUACUUUCUAUUGCUGCUUCAAUUUCUCCUGAAAAUGAAAAUUCCUCUCCAAGAAAUGGUGAUUCGACUCAAGAUUUGGACCUAAGUCCUGAAAUUUUCACAUUUGAAAAGUUGUUAGAGACAAAUUCCACAUUCAAGAAACUCUAUGAAGAAUACAACUCUAAACAGUCACGAUAUGAAUAUGAGCUUAUUAAACCACUCGGAGAGGGUGCUGUUGGGUUGGUUUUUAAAGCCAUGAGAAAUACAAUAAUGAGUGACAAUGGUCAAACCAAUGAAAAUGGUUCGAAUGGCUCCUCCUCCAUCGUUGCAUUGAAAAAAGUUACGAUUGAUCACUGGCAAACAGCUCUCGAAAUCAUGUACGAAGUAGACGUCAUUCGACAUUUGGAUCAGGGCAUCCUCGCUCAAUGUGAAAAUCUCGUGCAUCACAAUCGAAUUUUCAUUGAAAGCAUCAAACCCAGUGAAAAGAGAUCGAAAAGAGCAAAUUUGAAAGCUCUCUCUCAACGAAAGAAUUCUGUUCAAUCACUCAAGGAUUACAAUGACGAAAUUAUCAUUUGCUUUGAAAUGUCCUUAUUCAAUCUUGGUGAUAUGCAAAAAUUUCUCGAAAUGAAACAACGAAAAGGAAAGAAAUUGGAAAUGAAGACUUUUAUUUCUUAUUUGAGGCAAUUGGCACAUGCCCUUUCCUUAAUGCAUCAUCCUGAAUUGAGGAAUGAGAAUCAACCAGUGUGCGAGAAAGAUGACACAGGUUCCCUUCAACAACAGAUGAACGAUCGAUCCAUAUUAUGCCAUCGUGACAUCAAACCUCAAAAUAUUUUCUUUAGUGACGACGAAUAUCAAACGAUUAAGUUGGCAGAUUAUUCAUUUCUAGUUCGACACGAUCCUCAAGAUUCCAACGAGAGUACUGACAAUCAUGAAGGAAUGGAUGAUUCCAUGUUCAAUCUUCCCACAAGUCCAACUGGCAAUGCUUCAAACACAUCAACUACAGAUGCCUAUGGCUUAAAAACUACGAAAUUGUGUGGAUCUAUACCGCACAUGGCACCUGAAUUGUACAUUCAAAUGAUUAGUGAUGAUCCAACACUUACUCCCACGACUCUUCAAAGUAACAACAAUAACUCGAUCGAAAUGCUCACAAAAACAGACAUUUUUUCAUUUGGAGUCGUGGCUUAUCAAUUAGUGACCUUUGACACGAAACUCGAUCAUUCCUUUUACAGAAGAAUCAUGCCAUCUCAUAUCAAAUUCCCCAACAGCAAGACCGACAAGAAGAAGCAAAAAGAAGCCUACAAUGAAUUUAUAGAAGAGUUAGAAUUUGAAUUGUUCAAAUUGGUCGAUUCGAAUCGUUUCGAUCUGAAGAGAGUAUGGCCUUGCAUUGAAAGAUCUCAUUCUGAAUUGUCUCAAAUGGAAUCCAUCAGAAAGACCCACUGCUUUACAAUGUCAUUCAACAUUACUCGAAUUGAUGAACAAGUAUGA